UUUCAUUUACAUCAGCUGUGCAUGGCAAAAACUUUUAAGUUAUUCAUGUGAAUUCAGUUUACUUUUGUAGAAUUAAAUCAAUACUGAGAAGUUUUGUAGCCACCCAGGGCCGCUUGAACAUCAAAGCUGAUAUUGUAUAUAUAAAUGUAUUAAGCUGAUGGAUCUGAAAUUGUAUAAAAUAGCUCAAAUUUGAGGUUUAAGACAAACUCCUUCCAGCACUUCUAUUGUUGUUUGUUUUGGUAUAUGACUUUUGAAUUUUCAGGUUUCAAGUGAAAAUUUUGGUAUAGUGGUUUACUUUAUGGAGAGGCGCUGUUGCUCCCCUGUCUCCCGUUUCAGCUGAUCAUUUAUAAUAUGCCACUUGUACCUCCUUUAAAGUUUAACUCACUAUGCAACCAUCGACAUGAACAUCUGAAAUACUGAAACGAUUGUGUGGAAAACAGGGAGAAAACAUACACUGAAAAAAAAUUACUAAACAUCUGUCAUUUCAUCGAACACAAUACCUGCCAUAGCGCCCUCCUUUUUGCAAACACAGAUCAAAGAAUUAUUGUUGCUACUCCCCAGUUUCCUCUGGCUGAUACAGAAUAAGUUGUACAAACAAAUUCUGAGGUCUCAUCAAGGCUGGUUUGUUUGACAUCUCAGUCACAUACGUGCCUUUGAGUAAUCCGGGAUCGCAAGCAGACAUUUUCAGAUAUCUUGACUUAUCUUAAGGUCUGAUGGAUAGCAAGCCUUGUCAUUAUUUAUGUCCCUUCAGUCUAAAAUAUAAAUCACACAACAUGGCUGUCAUAGCCGCUUGUCUGCCCAACUUUUGUCCACACGCAGAGAUUGAGCAUAGAUGUCUGAGGCCUCGUCGUGAUUUUAUUUUAUGUGACAAAGAUUAAGAGAGUGAGAGGGGCACAUGCCCCCAAGAACAAAAAUAAAAUAAAAUAAAAUAAAACUGCUGAAUGAGGGUAGAAUAUGUGUGUGUGAUACUCAGUAAAUGCAACAAAAAAACGUGCAUGUUAGCAUGUUUUAGUAACAAUUGCUAAAACUGUGAUUUUCUAAUGUAUCUUUUUUUCUGUUUCCUCUUUUAUUACAGUGAGCCAGAAUCCUCUUUCCAAAGAGUGGACGACCAGUCAAUGAAUUAUGAAUGUUAAACAAGAUGACCUCCUCUCAGCAGCAGCAGAUGAUGCGAGGUCCUAGGUGGAACCGGGCCUUGUCCGACCCUUUGUUUGUGCUGCUCUUGGCCCUCCAGCUGCUCGUGGUGGCAGGGCUGGUACGUGCUCAGACGUGCCCCUCCGUCUGCUCCUGCAGUAACCAGUUCAGCAAGGUCAUCUGCACCAGACGAGGCCUGCGGGAAGUCCCUGAUGGCAUCUCGACCAACACACGCUACCUGAAUCUACAAGAAAAUCUCAUUCAGGUCAUUAAGGUGGACAGCUUCAAGCACCUAAGACAUUUGGAGAUUCUGCAGCUGAGCAAAAACCACAUACGCAAAAUUGAGCUUGGAGCCUUCAAUGGACUGGCUAGCCUCAACACCCUGGAGCUUUUUGAUAAUCGCCUCACUACUAUCCCAAAUGGGGCUUUUGAGUACCUGUCCAAACUAAAGGAGCUUUGGCUGAGAAAUAACCCCAUAGAGAGCAUUCCCUCCUAUGCUUUCAACAGAGUGCCCUCAUUGCGGCGGUUGGACCUUGGGGAGCUCAAACGGCUCUCUUACAUCUCUGAGGGAGCAUUUGAAGGACUGAGCAAUCUGCGCUACUUAAAUCUGGGAAUGUGCAAUCUGAAGGAAAUUCCCAACCUUAUUCCCCUGGUGAAGCUGGAUGAACUGGAGAUGUCAGGGAACCAGCUAUCUGUCAUCCGACCGGGCUCUUUUAAAGGGCUCAUCCAUUUGCAGAAGCUUUGGAUGAUGCAUGCCCAGAUCCAGACCAUAGAAAGAAACUCUUUUGAUGAUCUGCAGUCACUAGUGGAGCUUAAUCUAGCCCAUAACAACCUUACCCUCUUGCCCCAUGAUCUUUUCACACCUUUACAUCACCUGGAGAGGGUGCACUUACACCACAACCCGUGGAAUUGUAACUGUGACAUCCUCUGGCUAAGCUGGUGGCUAAAGGAGAUGGUACCAGCAAACACCAGCUGCUGUGCCCGCUGCAGCUCACCCUCCCACCAUAAGGGGCGAUACAUCGGUGAGCUAGACCAGAACUACUUUCACUGUUAUGCUCCAGUUAUUGUGGAGCCUCCCGCAGAUCUAAAUGUGACAGAGGGAAGCGCUGCUGAGUUAAGAUGCAGAGCCAGCUCUUUGACCUCUGUAAGCUGGAUUACACCCAAUGGUUCCAUUAUGACACACGGUGCAUACAAGGUCCGAAUCUCGGUGCUAAAUGACGGCACUCUGAACUUCACUAAUGUUACCAUGCAGGACACAGGCACAUAUACGUGUAUGGUUAGUAACUCUGCUGGCAACACAACAGCAUCUGCCACACUCAAUGUGUCGUCCACGGAGAACAGCAGCUUCAGCUACUUUACCACAGUGACAGUGGAGACUAUAGAGACGCCGCAUAACGAAGGCUACACUACUACUGUGCAACAAAAGGUGGGCCCCACUCCCUCUGCUGGAACAUGGGAGUCUGUUUCGCCCACUUCUACAACCACCACCACAGUCCGGACGCCGCUAUCCACACGCGCCACAGAGAAGACUUACACUAUCCCAGUCACAGAGCUGGUCGGGGAGGGCUCACUGAACGGCUUGGACGAGGUGAUGAAGACCACCAAGAUCAUCAUUGGCUGCUUUGUUGCAAUUACACUCAUGGCAGCUGUCAUGCUGAUCAUCUUCUACAAAAUGCGCAAACAGCACCACCAGCAGAACCACCAUGCACCCACACGCACCAUUGAGAUCAUCAAUGUGGAUGAGGACUGCGUAACAGGCGGCCCGGGCAUGGAGGGCCACCUGACUCUGCCUCCACUUGAGCACGAGCACCUCAACCACUAUAACACUUACAAGACUGCAUACAACCAUGCCACUAUCAACUCCAUACACAGCUCAGUGCACGAACCUUUGUUAAUUCGGGCCAGCUCAAAAGACAAUGUACAAGAGACCCAAAUCUAACCUCCUUUUUUUUUUUUUUUUUUUUUUAUUUGGAAAUGAGACAUUAUAAAACUGAAGGAAUUGGAUAAAGACAUUUGGGGCUCAUGGAAAACUGGUCGUGAGGACUAUGGCUCAAACAUGGAGGACUAUUGCUCAUGUGUUGGGCAAAUCAGAGACUGGUGAUGUGUAUUCAAUGACUUUUGGAAUUAGGGUAUGUCUACUGUUUCAAAAAGUGUCUUUACAAAACAGAAGUUAUUUAUUUAAGAAAAAAAAACUAUUGUGGUUCAAUCAAGAAAAAAAAUGUAUUCUGCGAUUAUUUUUUCAGCACUUAAUUCAUGUUUUUUUAAUCUUUUUCCUCUCAUUCACGGGAUUGGUUUACUAAUAUGCCUUCAAACUCUGUGUGAAGACAUCCGUCAAAGCGAAACUCCUGGAGCAAAUGAAUAUUCUUGUCUUGGUAAACUGCAGACUUGGGAUCAGAUGAAAGAGUAACCUCAUUCUGCCCAUGUCAAUCAAAGGAAUCUAGAGCACACUGGUGGUUUUCUCUAGCUGUGGAUGAAGUGAUAAGAUCUUCGGUGGCCAUAUGAAACCGUGAUGAAUGAACACGUUAGUCAUUCUCAUGGUGAGUGUCAAAACUGUCGGUCAGGACAUCAUGUGUCAUGUAUGUACUUGGAUAGAUUAAGGGUCUUAAAUCAAAGGAAAUUGUCCUGAGGUUUGUUAUUUUAGCUAAAUUAGAUCAUAUUGACUUACUUUCAAAGAAGCUCACAUUUGUCUGUGUUCCUACUGUAUUCAAAAGUCACUAUCUGAUCACUUAUCAUUUUGAGUCAAGUUGCAAAACAAGCUGAGUUAUCCUCAGAUUAUUAUAAAAGCUGUUACUCUAAUUGCAUUAAGACUAAAUAAGAUUAAAUGGAUACAGGCGCAGCACUAAUCAACACAACUGACUGAGACAAAAAGAAAAAAAAAAGAUGUGAGGAUCAGAAGGAUUGAAAAACUGUGGAUCUUAGAGUGUUGAGAAAGCCCACAAGCUUAAAAUGUUUCAAUUAUUGUCAUGACCUCCCCCUUACCUUACAGUGCUUUGUACUGUUGCAUACGGAGAUAAAAGCUUUGAAUCCACCUUUUCAUACUGGUAGCUCUUACCUCAUCCGCUGCACUACAGGUCUGAGUGCUGUCAGAAUCCCACUGAUGAGCUGAGAAAAGAGCGUAAACCCUUUAUGCAGCUGUCUGAUCACAUUCCGCAUCAUCUGCAUGCCACGUUCUCACGUGGGCAGUGUCUGGCAGCCAUUCAUUCACACCCUGCCCCUGCCAACUGCAGGACUUGGCCCCUUAGCUGCAGGGGGCUGCAGUUGCCUCUGCAGGAGGCUUGAGUGGGUGGAUGUGUGGGAUCCGGCAUCAACCAGAUGUUUGGGAUGCACCUGCCUCUCUCUCUCUCUUUCUCCCUUAGUGACAACACAAUUUCCAUUUUAAUUGAUGUGCCCAUGGGCUGGGGAUGGACACAGCUCUCAAUCCACCCUACCCUGAAAACUAUUUUAAAGACUACUCUGUGUAAAAAUACAAAUAUGAGCACCAGUUAAGCAGAGGUCAAACAGACAUCUGUCAGAUCCUCUGUUAGAAAGAUACUCUAGGCAAAUUAGAGGGAGUCAAGUCCACUCAAAAUGCGUAAAAACUAAUUUAUUAACCUGCCACCUCCAGUUUUGUGUUGAUAUAACAGGAGGUUGUUAAAGAUGACAAUAACACUGAGCAAAAUCAUAUACGCAGCCAUUGUUGUGAGUCCUGGUUCUGGCUUUUUGUGGGGAAAAAUAGCAGUAUUGUGACUUUCAAAUACACAAUUUCUUUGGGUGUGAAAGUUUAAUGUGAAAAUGUCAUAUUUCACUUGGUUUUUACAGUAGGCAGAGGCAGUGCUCGGCUGUUGUGGUCAGUGUUGCUGAUGUCAAUGGUGGGUUUUGGCACUGGAAACAAACUAUCAGCACAUUUGAACAAGUUUCCACAACACUGAUGGGCUAACAAGCUCUGAUGUCCAUUAAGACCAUUAACAUAGCAUUUGCAAUGUUGCUUACAAGUCAAAGUUUAAAUUAUUUCACAUUUCAAGUUUAAAUAAUUUCCCAUUAAGAAAAGACAAGAAUUACUCCCAAACUUUAAGACAAAUGGGCCACUUCUAAUAAAUUAAUACAACGGGUUGAACAGGAUGGGAAAGCUUUUUUUUUUUUUUUUAAUCUCAGUGUCCCAUGACCGGAAUACAAAAAAGGAAUUAGAUUAAACAAAAUUAUAGUCUAAAGCCCUAUUCACACAGGAGAAGUAUCACCUGGGGUUUUCUUUUUGUAUGUAAUAGAAUAAUUGCAUAGAUUAGACAUGUGAAUAAUCUAUGGCUCUACUCCAAUCUGCUGAAUGAAAACGCGGCAGCAAAUCAACUUUGUUAUUUCAUUUAAUGCACAGUUAAUUGGAUGAUAUUAGCCCCAUGUGAAAGAACAUCAUUGUAAUAAAUUUUGCUGUAGAAUCCAAGUAAGAUUAACGUAGGCUUCAGUGGAAAGUAUAUGAAUUAGACUUUUAUACAUUUUGGAAUGCAAAUGAAUAAGUGAAGCAGUGAUGAGGGGUUUUACUGUAUGUGCUGAGAUCAUUUGAUGACAACAGUUAAUCUGGAUAAAGCUUCAUAAAUUAAAGUAGAUCAUACUUUUAUUAUUAUUAUUUGUUCACUUUGAAUGCAGUGCACACAACACAGAUGUGGUUGUUAGAUUCCUUAUUAACAUGAGGUCCCCAAGCACUAUCAGCCCAGACUAAAUGGAGCAUUUUUUUCACUCCAUAUAUCAAAGCUUUUUGUCACCUGGGCACUGCUUAUCUUACAAUUGCACUUCAGUGGAGUUUGGUACAUUUGUAAACCAUAGAAUGGUCUGGUUGUGUGUCAUUUAGUCUGUGUUUGGGUUCCUAGUGGUGGGAUUUGGAUCACAAUUCUGCUCAGUUUCUGUAAGAGAGUGUAACCAUCCUCCCUUUUUGCCUUUAGUUGAAGGUAAAUUGUCUGAAAAUUUCAAUCGUAAAUAUGUUGCAUUUUAGUCCAGCUGUCUCAUGUAAGAUAUCUAAGUAUUUUGGUCUACUUUUUUUUUUUUUUCAAACUUUUUCCUCAUUUUUUUUUUUUCAUUUUCUGAGAUUGAAUGCUGUUCUAGUGGUAGAUUUAUAUAAAAAACACAUUUUGAGAAUAAAACAAAAAAUUUUAAAUUUUGAUUUUACAUGUGCCAACAACCUGUUCUAAAAGUGCAAAAAGAGAAACAUGAUGUAAAAGAAUACCAGAUUGAUUUUCAUGUAAGCAUUCUUUGAUGACCUUUAAAAGAUAUGGAGAUUGAUUAUAGAGACCAGAGUUUGUAGUACAUACACAAAAUAUGGUUAAAAUAAACUAUUGUUGUUUUUCUGUAUUGUCUGAUUCUUGUUUUCACACAGCGACACAAAAGAGAACUAGUGACAUUAUUUGAACCCAUACUUUUGCAGAUCUUUUUUCAAUUACUUUUAGACCUGUAGAAACAAGACUUACACCAAAGGUAGUGUGUUUCAUUUGUGCCAGGCUGAAUACAGAGCGAUACAAGAUUUGCUAUGCACUUCUGAACGGGUAAACAAACAUUUGGUAUAUACCUCAGAAGUCGGAGAGGCUUUAAGCUGCAAUCGUGGAUGUUACUGUGAGGACAACAACUCCUAUAGUGCCACGCUGAAAUGUUCAAACUCUCAUCGUUGCUAUUCCUUUAACUUUUUUAAAUUACUUUUUUAAUAGAAUUUAUUAGGACAUGAACUACAAUUAAAGACAUAAACUGACAAAAAAAAAAAAAAAAAAAAACAAAGGGAAAAAAGAAAAUAGAAACAAAACAAAACUAGAAAGUCAAAUAACUUUGUCAUUUGCAUAUUCAAAAUGAAGUGGGACAAAGUUGAAACUUGUCUAGUCCCAUCCCUUCACCACGGACAAAUCAUCAAUAAUUUAUUUACCUGUUAAUAACAAUAAUGACAAUCACAACAUAAACGAAACAACCAACUUAAAGAUGUAUAGCAGCAGACAUCAAUUACAUUUACUUAAUGACAGUUUUCAACUGCUUGUCUCUGUCAGAUCUUGUAGCACAAAAAAAUUAUUGCUUAGCUUGAGGGGAGUUAAUAAAUCAGUAUCUGUACAAUAUCAUGAGAGUUGUAUCUUGUCCUAAGCAAAUUCAAGACAAACAAGAUGACUGCACUUCUUAAUUAACUUCUCCAUCAAUUGCAUUUAUAUGAUAAUGUUCUGGCUGGUAAUUAGUGGAAUGGAAUAAGUUCUGAUCAUCAUGAUGAUCAUAAUGAUACAUGACACUGAGGAAAAAAAAUACAAAAGUGAAUGUUCACCACCAGACAGUCAGGAGCAGGACUGGUGUUUGUCUGAAAUGAGGGUCUGAAAAAUUAAGUGUCUGCGUGGUUUAUAAACAUACAGUCCCUACAUGAGUAACACAAAUUAAAUAUAAGGAAAGCUAAUACUCAGGAACCACAUCAAUCAAUUCAGAAGCCAAUCCAUCAUAUCUCCUGGAAUCCCACAGGCC